GCAGGGUCCUGUCUACACAUUGGACUGAGUCAGUGUUAGGAGGACAUUCAGUCAUGUCUGAGGUGCGGGGUGGUGUUCUGCUGCUGCUGUUGGGCCUUCUGUACCUCGGGACACUUUGGCCGGUCCAGGGAGCCCUGCUGGUCUCUCGCUACGAUGCUACGACGAAGGAGACAAGAGGUGCCAUCAGGUCCAUUCAGAAAAGAAGUGUAGACGAUGCAAAGAUGGUGGAGGUGCUCAGUGUCACGGUACACUGUACGGUGGCUUCUCGGUUCGCUCACACAGUCAUGACCUCCAGUGCUUUGAACAAAGCCAACUCCUCCCAGGAAAUAUUCUUCGAGGUGGACCUGCCCAAGACGGCCUUCAUCACCAACUUCAGCAUGGAGAUUGAGGGUCAGAUCUAUGUUGGGGUUGUGAAUGAAAAGGAGCAAGCCAAGAAACAGUAUGAGAAGGCUGUUUCAAGUGGACGGACAGCUGGACUGGUCAAAGCUUCUGGAAGGAAAAUGGAGAAGUUCUCUGUGUCUGUCAACAUUGCAGCCGAGAGCAAUGUGACCUUCAUCCUGACCUAUGAGGAGCUUCUUCGAAGGAAAUUUGGCAAGUAUGAGAUCCUGACCCGAAUAAACCCUAAACAGCUGGUCGAGAACUUUCAGAUUGUGGCUGAUAUCUAUGAGCCCCAGGGCAUUGCCUUUGUGGAUGCCCAUGCAACCUUCCUCUCCAAUGAACUUCUCCCCCUGGUGGAGAAAACGGUCACAGACAACAAGGCACACAUCUUCUUCUCGCCCACGCUGGAUCAGCAGAGGAAGUGUCCAGAGUGUGAUGGGUCUCUGAUCAAUGGGGAUUUCAUCAUCAAGUAUGACGUGAAACGAGCGUCAAGCCUAGGAGACAUUCAGAUCGUGAACGGAUACUUUGUGCAUUUCUUUGCUCCUCCGGAUCUUCCCCGUAUCCGAAAAAAUGUGAUGUUUGUCAAUGACAGGAGUUGGUCAAUGUCAGGCACUAGGAUGGUCCAGUCCCGCUUGGCAAUGGAAUCAAUUCUCUCAGACGUCCAUCCAGAGGACUACUUCGGUAUCAUCUUAUUUAAUGACAGAAUUGAACCCUGGAAAGAAUCCCUUACAAAAGCAACAGAGGAAAACGUGGAUGAAGCCAUUAAAUUUGUCUGGCAACUAUCUCCUAAGGGAGGCACUAACAUCAAUGAUGCCGUAAUUAAGGCCAUCCACAUGCUGCAAGAUGACAGAAGGAACAAGAAGCUCCCAGAGAGAAGUGUGGACAUGAUCAUUUUACUAACCGAUGGAAUGCCAAAUACGGGUGAACGCAACCUUCAAAGGAUCCAGCAGAACGUGUGCAAAGCCAUCGGUGGUAAUAUGACCCUGUUCUGCCUGGGCUUUGGGGAUUAUGUGGAUUACUCCUUCCUGGACGUGAUGGCCAAACAGAACAAUGGCGUGGCCCGCAGGAUCUACGAAGCCUCCGACGCUACCCUUCAGCUGCAGGGUUUCUACGAUGAGGUGGCUAGCCCGCUGUUGUCAGCAGUGGACCUGCGUUACCCUGACAACGCGGUGGAUUCCUUAACCCCUCAUCACUUCAGUCAGUUGUUCAAUGGCUCAGAGAUCGUGGUGGCCGGGCGGCUGUCUGAAAACGACAUGGACAACUUCCUGGUGGAAGUGUUUGCCAAUGGGUUCGAGCAGGACUUCCAGGUGCAGGGCGAGGCUAGUGUCACCGACUGGGACGUGAUCUACCCAGAGAAGGAUUACAUCUUUGGGGACUUCACUGAGCGCCUGUGGGCCUACCUCACCAUCCAACAACUACUGGAGACCAGUAAGAGUGGGCCAGCAGAGAAGAAGAGCAACGCCACGGCCAAAGCCCUGGAGAUGUCCCUGAAGUACAGCUUCGUCACGCCCCUCACCUCCAUGGUGGUCACCAAGCCAGAGACCGAGGAUGGUCCUAGCGGGCCCCUUAUAGCAGACAAGCUGACUGAGGAACAACGGCAGCAGGCUGACAAACAGGGUGCAAAAUAUCUGCACUCAGCCCCUCAAUCAGGCUACAUGACAACUGCUGCUGCUCCUCAUCCUACAUACUUAGUGGAUGGAGAUCCUCAUUUCAUGAUCGAACUGCCAGAGAGAGAGGACGCUCUGUGCUUCAACAUCAAUGACUCACCUGGAACCAUCUUUAACCUGGUCAAAGACCCCUCCAUAGGACUUUUGGUCAAUGGUCAGACCAUUGGAGAUAAGAUGGUUGCCCCUGAUGGUAAAGUCAACACCUACUUUGGCCGCCUUGGUGUUGUCCAUCACUCCCUGGGGGUGAGGCUGGAGGUGACCACUGAGUACAUCACUCUGUCCCAGGAUGGACAAAAGGUCAAGCUGCUGUGGUCAGAUCAAGCUUCCCUAAAAGGACCCAGUGUGGAUCUGCUUUUGACCAAGGACCGGAGCGUCAAGGUGACUUUAAGAGAUUCUGUAAAGUUUGUGAUCCUGCUCCACAAAGUGUGGAAGAUGCACCCCUACCACCAGGACUACCUGGGAUUCUACACUCUGGACAGCCACCUUCUCUCUCCAUCCGUCCAUGGUCUGCUAGGUCAGUUCUACCAUGGGAUUGAGUUUGAAGUUGGAGAUCAACGUCCAGGAGAGGUUCCUGAGAAACCAGACGCCACCAUGUAUGUCAAAGGACAUCAGCUCAAUGUGACCAGAGGUUGGCAACGGGACUUCAGGAAGGAUUUGAAGAGAGGAAAAAAUGUCCCAUGCUGGUUCAUCCACAGUAAUGGGACAGGGCUUAUUGAUGGCAGUGCUGAAGAUUACAUCGUGUCAGGCCUCUUUAAGACAGUUUGACAAGUAGCAGACAAGCUCAUCAAUACUGCGGCACAGUGUAGCUCUUUCACCACACCUUUUCAGUUUCGUAUUAAUAAUAUGCAAGUGUAAUAAGCAUGAGACUCUUAAUGAAGUUCCAAUGCUAUCAAAUUAAUAAAGAAACCCUUGAUUGAUCACAGUACUACAAUAGAGCACCGUAGAGAUCUUUGGAGUUUUGUGAAUGACCAGACAGACACCUGUCAGUUUUUAUUUUCAAGCUCUACAUAGAGUAGUUAAGGAAUCGAUUGGCCGACUGACACAUUUUUAUCAUAAAUAAAUCAUUUAGGUAGUUUAUCGAAUAUUUGUUUUACAAAUGUGCUUUUUAAUUUGCAUUUCAAUUCAAAUAUGAAUGGAUCAUUAUAAAGGAAUCAUUUCUUGCUCGAGUUUUUCUUGGCUGCUUGUUGUCAUAGCCACAUCUGUUGUGCUGUGUGUUGCCCCAACCCCUGUCUGUCUCUGUGCUCUGCCUGCCACCCCUCAACUUUUCGCACCUGGCCUGCUUCGCUCGUCGUUCAAAUACACCUGGUUUCCCUGCAGUCAUCGCCAGAUCGUACUUCGACCCUCUGUGGUAGAUAUUCGUACUGUAGUAACCCGCUCCUUGAAUGAGCCGGGUUACCGGUACAAACGACACGUUUGUAGAAGGUUAAAGCCAUUCCAGGCGUUUAUUAUACAAUCACUUCAAUCAACCAGGGUUCUCGCGGUCUCUAGGGCCUCCGUGGGCCUCUAGGCUUUCUCGCGGCCACGAGCACUUCCUUCCUGCUCCCGAGCCGUGCUGUGCUGUGCUGUGCCUCCUUUUAAAAUGGCUCCUCAGCUUUCGGCCAGGUGUCCCCCAAUCACCCUGAUUGGGGAUCCAGAAGGGCUGCUCCCCGUCGCCGGCUGGUGGGUGGGGGUGGUAUAUCCAGUCCUUUACGGUACCCCGGGCCCGUCCAGGCUGAGGUCUCCGUGGCGGGAUGCCACAGUACCUGACUCCAGUUUUCUCCACUAACUAGUCGAUAUUUUUCCGUUGAAAUCUCGUAUCCAACCUUUUUUUCCUCCUGUCCCACUCCUGGUCUGCUCCAAAUAAACCUUUUCAUAACUCCAA